AUGGUGCAGCGCUCCACCAUUCCAGAUGAGUCAAAAAAGUUCGCGCAUGCCAACCUUGGCCUCGAAACUGCUCCGAUUAUGGGAUUUAUUGUGCGUUUAGGGAUUCAAUAUUUCUCUUCCAACUGCGUCACCGACGCCCUGCGGUCAUCCGUCAGUUCUUACGAUUUGUUGGCAGUUGCUUUGGACAGCUGUUCUUCAUUACAAGGCGCUCGUGUCGAACGCCGAAUCACCUCGUUUGGUUUGCGAAAGUCAAACCGUUGUCCAGAUGUUUCGUGA